AUGGCUCCAUUUGAGGCGUUAUAUGGGAGAAGAUAUAGGUCUCCUAUUGGUUGGUUUGAUGCGUUUGAGGUGAGACCUUGGAGUACGGAUCUUCUGAUAGAGUCCCUAGAGAAGGUGAAGUUGAUUCAAGCUAAGCUUCUGGCAGCCCAGAGUAGGGAAAAGGAGUAUGCGGACCGUAAGGUCCGAGAUCUUGAGUUUGGGGAGGGAGAGCAAGUGUUGUUGAAAAUCUCACCCAUGAUGGGUGUGAUGAGGUUUGGGAAGAAGGGCAAGCUUAGCCCAAGGUACAUUAGGCCAUUUGAGAUUCUCAAGCGUAUGGGGGAGAUAGCUUAUGAGUUGGCUUUACCUCUGGGUCUAUCAGGAGUUCGUUCGGUAUUUCACAUUUUGAUGUUGAAGACGUACCACGGCGAUGGUUCGUACAUAAUCCGUUGGGAUUCAGUCUUGCUAGAUGAGAACUUAACAUAUGAGGAAGAGCUUGUUGCUAUCUUAGAUAGGGAUUGGAAGAAUCGCCCAGUGGAGGAAGCUGCUUGGGAAACAGAAUCGGAUAUGCAUAGCAAGUAUCCUCAGUUUUCGCCGAGUCAGGUCUACAAUGGUGAAUUAGAAAUAGUAACCCUGGAACCUAAUAGACUUUCUAUAGUUGAUGGGUUAUGA